AUGUUUCUCCCUCGAAUCCUUCUAGAAGACCGUGUGUGUUUGAUUUUAAUUACUUGGCGAUCCCGUGAGCCUGGUGUCCAUGGUGACGCGUUGACUCGUGGACACUGUUGCUGUUUUCACGGUCUCUCGGUUGGUAAAGAAUACCAACAGCACUGCGAUUCAAUGGCCCUUCACAGCUCCUGGUGUUUGUCCAAUUACCAUGCAAUCGAUUCGCCAAUAUUUUAG